AUGACAUUAAUUAGUCUGACUUUAAAACUAUUAACUGUCUCCACGUUUAUAUUGAGACGAGACACUGAAAACAAACUCAUUACCAGACAUCAGGUCUACAACAAAACCUAUGACUUCAUAGUGAUCGGGUCGGGAUCGGCGGGCGGACCCGUGGCCUACCGAUUGGCCGCUACACCGAGCGUACGGGUGCUGCUGCUGGAGGCGGGUCCGGUCAACUCAGUGGUCAAUGAUAUACCCAUUGAAUACGUAACAUUGUUUCAGUCGGAAUACGACUGGAAUUACGCCGAAGAGACUGUCGGGCACCCAGACCGGAAGUUUCUGCCGGCCCGUGAGUUCGGCGCUCAGGGAUGGAGUUAUCCAGAAGUGUUGCCGUACUUUAAGAAGUUUGAGAACAAUACGGAUCCGGCGAUAGUGUUGGCAAAUCCCAAGUAUCACAGCACACAGGGAUUGGUGGAAAUCACUUCAUGGCCGGAACCGGUUGAUGGUAUCAUUGAUAUACACCAGAAAGCGCUCAACGCAUGGGGCGUACAGAAUACCGAUAUUAAUGGUCCCGUCCAGAGGGGAACCGCUAUCGCACAGGCGUUCAUCGAUAGCCGGGGCCGUCGCACGAGUACAGCCAAUGCCUACUUAAAUCCCAACCCAUUUCCGGCAAAUCUGCACAUUUCCACCGACUCUUUAGUCACUAAAGUCUUGUUCAAUGCCAAUGCCUACUUGAAUCCCAACCCAUUUCCGGCAAAUCUGGACAUUUCCACCGACUCUUUAGUCACUAAAGUCUUGUUCAAUGGUCUGACCGCUCGCGGCGUCGAGUUUGUCAAAAAUGGUCGCACAUAUCGUGUCAAUACCAGACGGGAAGUCAUUGUCAGCGCAGGAGCGGUGAACACACCUCAGCUAUUGAUGCUGUCGGGCGUCGGCCCAAGGGAUCAAUUGACAGCGUUUGGCAUACCUGUGGUCGCGGAUCUGCCGGUUGGCCACAAUCUUCAGAAUCACGCGGCGCUCGACAUUAACUUUUUGAUCAAAGACCAGUUCAAGCAUUUGGUGAAUAGCGGCGACUCUGACCUCAAUGUGGAUAAGCUGUACGAGUAUUUCGUCAAUAAUACGGGAGAGUUAACCAAAUAUUACAACUCUAUCACAUAUUUGAACACUAAAUCCAACGCUAAUCCGGACUUUCCAAACGUGGCCUUCGAGACAGCGCUCCUGAAGUACCCGAAAGAUCCUUCAAAAGUAACAGUUGUGGAGUUCGGGCCUCUGAAAGACGAGUGGAACCGCUAUUACAGCGAAUAUUUGGACAAAAAUUUCUUCUUCGUGCAGCCAAUCCUAGAAAGGGUCCGCAGUUAUGGCUACGUUCGGCUUCAGUCCAGCGAUCCGUCUGUUUAUCCCAUAAUUAACUCAAACUUCUUAUCACAUCCGCUGGACUUCGAGGACUUCGUCCACAUAACAAAGUUUGUGUUUCGCUUCUUCGAGAAGUCGGCCAUCUCUUCGUACGUGAAACGAGCGAAACCAAUACCUGGCUGUCGGAUGUGUCCCGGAGUGCGGUUCACUCACGAGUGCGAUCCGUACAUACGGUGUCUCAUCCGACAGAUCACAUACACGGGCUAUCAUUUGGUGGGCACGUGUCGUAUGGGCGCCGCCGACAGACCGGACACUGUUGUGGAUCCGCGACUUCGGGUGAAAGGUGUGCGCGGACUGAGAGUAUGCGACGCCUCUAUUAUGCCGACCAUUACUAACGGCAACACAAAUGCGCCCACAAUUAUGAUCGGCGAGAAGUGCGCGGAUCUCAUCAAACAAGAUAACGCACUCCCGAUGUAG